GCGAACAUGGCGAGCGCCGCGAUGGUCGUGUACUGCUUCGACACGCUGCAGUCGCACUUCGACGGCGGCGCUGAGCCCACGCCCCGCUUCGACGUGCUGCAGGAAUACCCGCUGUUCGUGACGUGGGAGAUCGAGGAGCAGGGCGGCACCCACCUGCGCGGCUGCAUCGGCACGCUGGCGCCCACGCGGCUGCGCAACCUGCGCGACUUCACGUUCAAGAGCGCGCUGCGCGACCGCCGCUUCGACCCCAUCGGGCCGCAGGAGCUGCACCGCCUGCACUGCUCCGUGUCGCUGCUCAUCGACUACCAGGACGCCGAGAGCUUCGACGACUGGGAGAUCGGCACGCACGGGAUCAUCAUCGACUUCAGCGACUCGCGCGGCAACGAGUACAGCGCCACGUACCUGCCGCAAGUGGCUCGUGAGCAGGGCUGGACGCACACGGAGACCGUCACGUCUCUCAUGAGGAAGGCGGGCUACCGCCGCAGCGUCACGCAGGACAUGCUCAAGACCGUCAAGGUCACGCGCUACCGCAGCUCGAUCCACAAGCUCACGUACCAGCAGUAUCUCUCCCUUAAGCAAGAGAUUCUGGACGCUGCGUGAGCUUCUCGCUCGCUUACUG